AUGGAAUCACACGAUCCCUCUUACACCAGUGUCGACCGUCAACAAGUCGACCGGGUCCUUCGCCUUAAGCGAGAACAGAGGGGAGCAACGGCCUGCUAUCCCUGUCGACAGCGAAAAGUGAAAUGUGACAGCAAUCAGCCAUGCAAAACCUGCAAGCGACGCAAUCACCCGGAAAUAUGUAUAUAUACAGCGCCCGAACAGACAGCAUCCGUGCGUAGGUCUCCCGCUAGGAGACCACCGGUUUCAUCAAAUGAAGAUAUCAACUCUCCUUAUUCGAGUCCCCGUUCGCGAGGUCACCAAGGUCAUGUCAGCACACCAAGUCCAAGCUCAGCCAUCAACAGAGCUUUUGGAUCAAGGCAGUCAAUUGCGACUUCUCUUGACCCAGAUUCCGGAACAAGAGACGAGUAUCCCUUCUCCGGCGACAAUUCUUUGCCUUCGAUCAUCCGAAAUAGCACACAAGAUGGUACUGAAACUCUAACACGAGACAUUGAACCAGCACUUGGCCUCCAAAAUACAUACACUAUUUAUCCAUUCAUGGACGAGGGUCUGCAACACAAUCCAUCUACUUCACUCACAAAGGUGUUGCCUCAGCGAGAAGAAAUUCUAAAGUAUUUUCACUUCUAUCGAACGUUUGCCAAUCCUUUUAGUCCUACAGUGGUCGAUAUAGAGGAAGUGGAGACGAGCAUCUACACUUAUCUCGAUACCCAGGUCGCUAAGAAGACCCAGUCAACCGGGAGUGACGGAAUCAAUGACACAAAUAGUGACUUAUCGAUUGGUCAGAUCUGUGUAAUUUUGGCUACAUUGGCUUCAGGGGCGCACUUUUCCGAUGAUGAGCUAGCGGAACGUACCAAGAAAUCCCAAGACUUCGCCCGCAGGUCAUUUCAGGCACUGAGGCUGGCGAAUUUUCUUUUCCGUCCUUCGCUCGAAGUAGUACAGACGCUUCUGAUACUGGGACAUGUUCUGCAAAAUCAAGGCCAAUCGGACGCCACAUGGGCGAUGUUAGGCCUGACUGUGAGAUUAGCACAAACAUUAGGUCUUCAUACUGACAGGGGUGCAAACAAAUACCCGGAACACGUUCGGCUGAAGCGUCGGAAAUUAUGGUCCAUUAUAAUCUGGCACGACUGCCUUCUCUGCCUAUGUCACGAUCGUCAACCCGCGGUUCUAAAGCCAAGGAACAUUCAUGCACAAUCAUCAAAUGAACCGCUUUCGUACGUUGGUGCAAUGCAAAAGUUAUGUCUGUUAAGCUUGGACGUAUUAAAUCGUGACGAAGAUCGGUAUAUCGACGCAUUUAACUCACUAGUCGAAGUCGAUAACCUCCAACGUCAGCUUCAACCUCAUUUGCAAAAUAUAACAAGUAGUAAAAAUAUGCAGCAGCGUCUCGAGCAUCUCGCAUUUCGUAUCCAUGCUUCUUUUAUGACAUCUUUCAUCUGCCGGCCCGCGAUCAAACAUCCUAGCCAAGUCACAGACAGCGAUCAAGACCGUUUGCUGCGUAACAGAGCUAAAUCUAGCCUGAUCGAGGCUAGUAAAGCAUUUCUGGACUUUCAGAGAUUGAGCAUUGUUCCAAUGCGGACCUGGUCCAUGAUUCACGCCGUCUUGACCUCCACUGUCUUGCUAGGCAUCUGGGAAGACACUCGAAAUGACACAGAAUGUCGAGAUUUACAAAGACAAGUUAUGGACGUCUUUCUUGCGCUCGAUAACCCGAGUCUAGCGAGUGAUGACGGCGCUGCUGAAGAGGGUGCUGGCUGGCUGUCAGGACCACAUAUAAGAGCACUCAUGACAUUGAAAAAUUCCUUGCAUGGGAGAGAGCCGCAAUUUCCAGUCAAUACUGAAUUGCAGCAGCCUGUGGAAGAGACAAUUCCGCAAGCAAAUCAAUCGGGCAUGUGGGAUGUGAACAUGGGAGCCGGAACUGCAAAUAUAAAUACGUCUCAACUUGCUGAUGCGUCCACUAACGGAUUUGAUUAUUUCAACAUGCCCCUCAAUCAAGCUGAUCUAUCCCCAUGGACCUAUCUAGAUUCCAUCAUGAACGUCCCCAUGUUCGACAAUUCACAGCAGUUCGGGCCUUUCUAG